AUGAAUAUUGCACGAUAUGACCACACAUCAUCCGUAUUACCAAAUGGAAAAGUAUUAGUUACUGGUGGACAUGAUGGUAGUGCAUAUCUACAUAGUACUGAAUUGUAUGAUCCAUCAACAGGAACAUGGACAACGACUGGCAGUAUGAAUGCUGCACGAAAUUCACACACAGCUUCCGUGUUACCAAAUGGAAAAGUAUUAGUUACUGGUGGAUAUAAUGGCAGUGCAUAUCUAAAUAGUACGGAAUUGUAUGAUCCAUCAACAGGAACAUGGACAAUGACUAGCAGUAUGGAUACUGCACGAUAUCACCACACAGCAUCCGUAUUAACAAAUGGAAAAGUGUUAGUUGCUGGUGGAUAUAGUGGUAGUUCUACUCUAAAUACUGCUUUGUUGUAUGAUCCAUCAGCAGGAACUUGGACAACGACUGGCAAUAUGAAUUAUGUACGAUCUGAGCACACAGCAUCCGUAUUAGCAAAUGGAAAAGUAUUAGUUACUGGUGGUUACGGUAGUGGUAGUCGACUUUUAAAUAGUAGUGAUUUGUAUGAUCCAAUAACAGGAACUUGGACAGCGACUGGUAGUAUUAAUGGUGCACGAAAUUCACACACAGCAUCCGUAUUAACAAAUGGAAAAGUAUUAGUUGCUGGUGGAUAUGACGGUGCUGUUGGUUCAACUAGUGCUGAGUUGUAUGAUUCAUCAACAGGAUUUUGGACAACGACUGGUAGCAUGAAUUAUGCACGAUUUUGGCAUGCAGCAUCUGUAUUAACAAAUGGAAAUGUGUUAGUUACUGGCGGAUGGAUUGGCAUUCCUUCAAGUAGUGCUGAGCUGUAUGAUUCAUUAACAGGAACUUGGACAACGACUGCUAGUAUGAAUAAUGGACGAUAUCGGCACAUAACAUCUGUAUUGACAAAUGGAGAUGUAUUAGGGAGCAUUUCAAAAUUUUUGCCGGUCGGCCGGCCGCUUUGCCGCUCAACCGCUCUGCCUCUAUGCCGCUCUGCCGUUCUACCGCUGUGCCGUUCUCAUGCCGCUUCACCGCUUUGCUGU